AUGGGAGGUCCGAUCGUGCUGACUCAGCUGGCCACCGGUCUCGGCGUCUUGGCGGGCGCGGUCUUGGUCAAAACGAUCAUGGACCGGAACACCAUGGCCGGCCCGUUCCCGCGGUGUCCCAGGUGUAACGGAACGGGUCGGGUCUCGUGCUUCUGCUCCCGCUGGUCCGACGGCGAUGUUGGGUGUCGGAGUUGUGCCGGGUCGGGUCGUACGUUAUGUAGCAGCUGUGGUGGGUCGGGUACGGGUCGGCCACUUCCGGUUCAGAUCUCCGUACAGCGUCCCAACCCUCCGUCUUAGCUGGGUCAGUUCUGCUUCUUAUUAGAAAGUCAGAGAAUUUCUCUCUUUCCUCACAAUUUUUUUCCAAAAAAAAAAAAAAAAAAAUUGUAGAAACUACAAAAAACUAGAUCUUGUAUUAUAGUAAGUUAAUGAUAUUUUGAGAGAAGGAGAGGAGGUGAGAGUUCAUCAUUCGGCUGUAAUGAGGUGACUUUCCUUCAAAUUAAUAUAUUUUUAUAACUAAA